AUGGAAGGAUGUGAUGCAUCCGUCCUAGUCGCAACAAAUUCUUUCAACAAAGCUGAACGAGACGAUGAACUCAACGAGUCGCUUCCGGGAGACGCUUUUGACAUCGUGACUCGCGUCAAAACCGCUCUUGAGUUGGCUUGUCCCGGUGUGGUAUCUUGCGCAGACAUCUUGGCUCAAUCGACGCGUGACCUUGUCACAAUGAUUGGUGGGCCUUUCUAUGAAGUCAAGUUGGGCCGUAAAGAUGGGUUUGAGUCGAGAGCCCAUAAAGUUCGAGGAAACUUACCAUUAGCAAACCAAACGGUCCACGACAUGUUAUCUAUAUUCCAAAAGAAUGGUUUCACUUUAAGGGAGAUGGUUGCACUAAGUGGCGCGCACACGGUUGGAUUUUCUCACUGCAAAGAAUUCAGCAACCGGAUCUUCGGACCACGACCUGAUCCAGAGCUCGAUGCACGAUUCGCAGGCGUUCUUAAAGAUCUAUGCAAGGAUUACACGAGGAAUAAGACAAUGGCUGCGUUUCUUGAUCCUGUGACGCCCGGAAAAUUCGAUAAUAUGUAUUUUAAGAACUUGAAACGAGGGCUUGGACUGUUAGCUUCUGACCACAUCUUGUUUAAAGACAUUAGCACGAGACCGAUUGUAGAGAUAUAUGCGAAUGAUCAAAAGGUUUUCUUCGAUGAUUUCGCACGUGCCAUGGAGAAACUUGGCACAGUCGGUGUUAAAGAUGAGAAAAAUGGAGAAGUGAGACGCAGAUGCGAUCACUUCAACAAACUUAACGUAUAA